UGUUGGGAAGGAAAAGCCGACAUCUGCGUGCAAAGUCCGUGCAGAACCGAAACCAACAUGUCGAAAAUUGCCCAAGCGGGUAAAGCCGCGCUGCAGAUAACUGGCGGAGGGGUGAUCCGGUCAAUCAUCAAAGCUGGACAGGCUGUUCCAGGUCCACCACUAGGACCUGUUCUUGGACAGUAUGGCAUCCCCAUCGGACAAUUCUGCAAGGAUUUCAACGAGCGGACCAAGGACUUCAUACCAGGCAUCCCGCUGCCCACCAAAAUCAACAUAAAGUCUGACCGGUCUUACGAACUUCAGAUAAACAAACCAACAACUACGUACUUUUUACUUUCGGCAGCCGGGGUAGAAAAAGGAGCUUCGUCGCCUGGACAUGAGAUAGCUGGGAUGGUGACUCUGAAGCACCUGUACGAGAUUGCGCUUGUGAAAUCCCAGGACACCUCAUUUGUGAUCCGCGACUGGCCGAUGGAAACAGUCAUCAGGUCCCUAAUUGGAACCGCCCAAUCGUUAGGCAUCAAAGUAGUGAAAGAGUUAAAUGCAGAAGAAUACGGAGUCUUUCUGAAGGAGCGCGAAGAGAGGUUGGCCGCUGAGGCCGAAGCCAGAGCAGCUGAACGGGUAGCAAAGAAAAAAGAGAUCGUUGCGGCUUCGAUUGCUACAGCAGCCUGAGAGGUAGACUCUUUGGGAAGGUGAUGUUCUAGCAGGGGGGUCUUGCCCCAUCCCCCAUAGCAUGGCAGGUGAAGUUUGCACACAAAACCCUGCAGGCUGAAGAAGAGAAGGAAGAACUUGGGAAUUGCCAAACCUGGAUUGUUUGCGUCAAUAUUCUCAGACUCUUUUAAAUUAAUCACGGCAAACCCAAGAUCUUUCCCACAUCUGGCCCACGUUGAUGCGUCUGGGUUGGCCGUUCAGAUUUCUGGCUUCUGCUUUUUUUUUUUUUUUUUCUUUCCUAUUUGUAUUUCAUUCAAAAAAGAAAAAAGUUACAACACAAAAGUCCCAAAAUUCAAGGGCGUAGGACAAAGCUCGCGUCUUUCCGUUGAUCCAAAGAAUAAACCUGUUGGAGGUUAACUGCCACGAGAUUUUUUUUUAAUAUAAGAUUUUAUUAGUUUUUUUUUCCAUACAUGCAAUAAUAAUUUUUCAACCAACGUGCUAUCUGAGUUUAAAUACGCUAAUACCUAUUUAAUUCCUAAUCCUUUAUUCUUUCCUCUAACCAUCGGUAAAAUAAAUCCCAAGUUUGAUAAUAUUCUGUUUCUCCUUUUUCUU